AAAAGCAACAAAAUAGCCCCUUUACCCAUCCAACAAAUUCCCUUAUGCUUCCAUUCCCUCAUCACACCAAACCCAUCUCCCAAAACAAUGCCACUCUCCCACUACUCUGUUCUCAUCCUCACUCUGUUUCUCUUCUCAACCCCAAUUCAAUCCACCAAAUGCCGAACUUCCUGCGGCCAAAUUCAAAUCAAUUACCCAUUUGGCAUCGACGACGGCUGCGGCAGCCCAUACUACCGCCACAUUCUUGACUGCACCGACUCCGGCAAGCUCGAAUUAAGAACCCCCUCAGGCAGAUACCCAAUUGAAACCAUAAGCUACAUAGAACGCCACAUCAAAAUCACCGACCCCUUUAUGUGGAAUUGCGACGAUGCCGACAAUUUCCGCCCCACAAGACCCUUCAGCCUCGACACAAGCACCCACCUCUCGCUCUCCUCCCAAAACGACUACCUGUUCUUCAAUUGUAGCGAAGAUAACGUAAUUGUGGCCCCGAAGCCGAUGUUCUGUGAGCGGUUUCCAGAGCGGUGCGAUUCGUCGUGCGAUAGUGCGAGCUAUCUGUGCAGGCACUUGCCGAAGUGCGGUGGAGGGUUGGGGGCGAUGUCGUGCUGCUCGUAUUAUCCGAAGGCGACGGAAUCAUUGCGGCUGAUGCUUAGGUACUGUUCGAGCUACACGAGUGUGUAUUGGAAGAGCAUUGGGGCGCCGGAUCAGCCGUACGAUCAGGUGCCGGAAUAUGGGAUUCGGGUUGAUUUUGAUAUUCCGGUGUCGACCAAGUGUUUGCAUUGUCAGGAUAUGGUGAAAGGAGGAGGAACUUGUGGAUUCGAUACUCUGAGUCAAGAGUUUAUGUGCCUCUGUGGGGAACGGAAUGUUACUACUUUUUGUGGAGAUCACGACCAGUCUCAACAAAAGAGGAAGGUUGUAGUAAUUUCAGGGACAGCAGCGGCCGUGUCGGGUGUCGGGUUGUUCGUAGUUGCAGCGGCUGCUAUAUGGUUCUUAAGAAGAGUAAGAGCCAAAGCUCCGGUAACCUGCGGGGUUCAAACCAACGACAAUAGGCUUUUUUAAUCAUCCAUUUUAUAAUGUUGUAAUUUAAUCAAAAAUACUUUAGAUUAAUUAUACAAUUUUGUAGAAAUAUGAGUGUACGGUUUAUUAUAGUCAAAUAUCUUAUAUCCA